CUUUAAGGAACUGAGUCCAAUCCGUCAGUUGUCAACAGGCUGAACCAGAAAACGAGUCGUUUAUAGCGCUUGGUUCGUGGGACUGAUAACACACACGUUACUGUACGAUACCGUGUUGAGAAAAGCCUCUGGACUCGUUUUGGAAAGUAAAAUUUUGUUCCGUGUAUGUAGACAAAAAUGAAGUCCUUUCGACACGAAGCCCCCUGAGCACCAUGGACAUGUGAAACUUGACUCUGCAGUAGGCAGAUGCAAGUCCCAAGCUGGAUUGAAUGGCACUGAGGAUACAAGUGGGAGUACUGCAAUGACUAGCCGGCAUCCUAGCCAUGCAGAGAGCGCACACUCCACAGAAAAACCACCACCUGCCCUGUCCCCCAAGCUCCAUGUACAGCGAUCGCAAUCAAAGGAGACCAUCACCAUCCACUUCUCAGCUCUUGGGACAGAGGAAGAGGAGGAGGAAGAAGAUCUUUACAGGACAACUGUCUCCGCUACCUCAGCUGCUCAGGAUGACUCAAAUAUUGUGACAGCCUUAGAGGCAAGUGAGGAGAUGUUCGAAGGGGUGCCGCUGGACUCCGCAGCCGAGGUUGUCAUUCCUGAAUCAAGCAGACUUUCUCCAGUUUUUAAACGUCACACUAACAAUUCUCCCACGCAAACUUCAUCAUCACGUAUUGCUGAGCAAAAAGGUGCAACUUCCAAUUCCUCUCCUACAAAAUCUUUCAGCUUUCCCUCCAGUGACAAACCCUUCCUUAACUUGACAAAGUCGCUUUCCUCUUACAUGGAGUCUCGUGAAGGGAUCCAUUCUGUUGCUGCCCCUACAGUAAGGCAUAGGCAUCUGAUGAAGAAUCUUGUAAAAUCUUUAUCUUCAGAUACAUCCCAGGACUCAUCCUCCUCCUCCUCCUCCUCAUCCUCCACACCCUACCGUCUUCCAGAAUCCCGCUUAAACCUGCAACUCUUCAAGCAAUUCACACAAUCCCGGAUGCCCUCUGCUACCGUGUCUUCAGCAGGAGAUUCUAAAACUGCCCCUUCCUCUCCUUUAACCUCACCAGAUAACCGCAGCUUCUUCAAAGUCUCAGAAGUCGAGGCAAGAAUUGAAGACACUAAGCGGCGUCUUUCUGAGGCCAUCUCAGAACCGCUCCAAAUACUGAGUAAGAUCAUUGAUGAAAAGAGUGGCAGCUUAGUUAGCAGCAGCAUUUACCGGCCCAAGCCCCUCUCUGCCAGUGCCACUGAACUCACCAACCUUACUUCAAUCAAUGGUCACCUGGAGAGCAACAACAAUUACUGCAUCAAGGAGGAAGAAGGAGGUGACUGGGAGGCUGAGAUCCCAAACCUCGUGGCUUCUGGUUCAGUUGGAUCACCUGUUCACCACCCUGUUGACACUAAGAGCCCCAACAAAUCAUCUUUACUUUCCAUGUCAUUGGACAAAUGCUCUAUGUCCGCUCUUGCUAAACAAGACGAUGAUGACUAUUGCAUCCUGUACAGUGAGGACUUUGAGACUUGUACUGAAACAGAAGGUGAUGGUGGGGAUAGAACUGAUGAUACUGGAACAGGUAGUCAAACUAAAGUGCCACUAAGUGGUAGUACUGAACCAUGCAGUGAAGAUGAAUCUGAAAGUAUUGAGCCAGAACCCAGUGUUCCACACUAUACUCUUAUCAUCCUCACUGUACUGGUCUAUGGGUAUUUUGUAUUACCUCUGCCCAGUUAUGUAGGAGGAGUGCUGCUUGGGAUUGGGCUGGGAUUCCUUUUAGCCAUUGGUGCUGUGUGGCUGACCGGACCAAAACCUUCUGGCAGACAGUCCAGACAUCAUGGGAAGCUUUGGAGUCUCACCAAGUUGGACAUUAAAGAACCAGAAAUUUAUAAGGGCUGGAUGAAUGAGAUAUCGAACUAUGACCCCGAGACAUACCAUGCCAUGCUGACACACUCUGUGUAUGUCCGGUUGGAGGGCUCCAUCAUUCGUCUGUCUAAACCCAACCACAACAUCGCCCGCCGUGCCACACACAAUGAACCAAAACCCGAUGUCACGUACAUCAGUCAGAAGAUCUAUGACAUCACCAACAGCAAAGUAUAUCUAAUGCCUCAGAGCCUGGCCAGGAAGCGUGUAUGGAACAAAAAAUACCCCAUCUGCAUUGAACUUGGCAAACAGGAUGACUUCAUGUCGAAGGUUGAGGGAGACCGGUGGGAGGCCAGUGAGAGCCACAACACAAGGGACAGAGGAGAGGGGACAGGAGGAGCACAGGAGCGAGGGUGGUCAUCUUCGUCAGGUAGAGACUUGACCCUCUAUCUGUUUGGAAGGACUGGGAGGGAGAAGGAGGAGUGGUUCCAGCGGUUUCUAUCAGCUUCUAAGCCCAAGGCAGACAUGAAGAAAGCUUCAAAUGUUGCAGGGAGUGCUCUGAGCUCUCACAGUCGCCGCAGCAGUCUGGAUGAGGCGCUGGCAUCUCAGCCCAGGCCAGUCUCCUCAACAACUGCAGGCAUUGCCAAAACCAAGUCGUCAUAUGACUACAGUGUAUACAUGGCCUCCAUAUUGCCAAAACAGGUGGCAAUCAGCCCUGCAGCUGCCAGCCCUGCCCUCCAGAGUCCAGAGAGCAGCCCUGGGGCUGAUAAGAAGCUUCAGAGCACCUCUUCAGCUCAGGUGCAGCCCAGUGGGGAGGAGGAGGAUAAUGUUGCCUGGGUGAAUGCGGCCCUUGGCCGCGUCUUCUGGGACUUCCUGAGCGAGCCCUAUUGGGCUGAACUGGUCUCAAAGAAGAUUCAGAUGAAGCUCAGCAAGAUAAGGUUGCCUUACUUCAUGAAUGAGCUAACCCUAACAGAGCUGGACAUGGGCUCGGCCACUCCCAGAAUCCUUGGGGCAUCGAAACCUUCCAUUGACUACCGAGGUCUGUGGUUUGACCUGGAGAUUUCCUACAGUGGUUCUUUUCUGAUGACCCUGGAAACUAAGAUGAACCUCAUUCGCCUGGGCAAAGAAGGAGAGAGCGUUCGCUUGGGAGAAUUUGGCAAAGAUGGAUACAGACCACGGACAUACUGCCUGGCUGACAGUGAUGAAGAGUCGUCCAGCGCAGGCUCAUCAGAUGAGGAAGACUCCUCAGAGCUCUCAAAUGACCCUACUGGAGCAGAAGGUUUGGUUGGAGGCCACAAAUCCAGCAAGAUCAUGCGCUUUGUGGACAAGAUCACCAAAUCCAAAUACUUCCAGAAGGCCACAGAAACUGAGUUCAUCAAAAAGAAGAUGGAGGAAGUGUCUAACACACCCCUUCUGCUCACAGUGGAGGUGCAGGAACUGCAAGGAACGUUGGCUGUCAACAUACCCCCUCCACCCACUGACAGGAUAUGGUAUGGCUUUAGGACGCCGCCUCACCUGGAACUGAAGGCACGACCUAAACUGGGCGGGAGAGAAGUCACUCUGGCUCAUGUUACAGACUGGAUAGAGAAAAAACUGGACCAGGAAUUUCAGAAAAUCUUUGUAAUGCCAAACAUGGACGAUGUAUGGCUGACUAUCAUGCAUUCUGCCAUGGAUCCUCGCACAGCCGGCGGACCCUUAGUUGAUCCCACAUUGGAACCAGAGCCUUCUCAGCCGGAGAGGGACAGCACCAGCCAGCCAUGAAGAUUGUUUACAGUAUUUCGUAGAGCUUAUGAAGUUUAAAAAAGGGUAACUGAAGCCAAUGUCGAUAGGUCAGACGAUACUGCAAUACAAAUACAUUCCCAUAGUGAGUGAGUUUUUCACUUGCCAUAGAGGAGACCAUAUGAAUUUUAAAGGAGCAAGGUAGAGCUGAUCAAGGAAAACACUAAAGGCAAACUGUUGUUUGCUGCUCUGUUCAGUAGUAUUUAUCUUACCAGAGAAAAAUCUGAUUUGACUUUGAAGGAUUUAUAUAACAGUAAGGACCUUUUUUAAUAGGGUUUGAUAUGUGAAGGAUUUAUGUAACGGUAAGGACCCUUUUAACAGGGACUGAUAUGUGAAGUCUUGUUUGACUCAGAAGUGGGAUUGGUUUAAGCUAAUAAGGGGAAUAUAUGGGGAUAUAUAAAGUCCUAUGAACACUUUGACAUGGAAGCAUUCACCAGAUACCUUAGAGCCUGCAGAUAAGUUUCUGCUAAGGCCAGAGAGUGAUGUAGAGCACCAUAGCCCUUUUAUUAUAGAAAUACAGUAGUGGAGAUUGACAUUAUGAUAGUAUAGUAAAAUUAGAGGUGUGUCAUAAUGAUAAGAGUGUGAUGGAGAGUUGUCACUUCCAUUGUUGAGAAUGAAUAAAGGUUAAAAAAAAGUGUAUUGAAAAAGCUCAGAUACUUGAUGGUGAGGAUUAUUUACCGUAUGAAACAUUAAACCUUUAAGUGGUCUUAUGUCAGCAGUUUUGGUCAGGUGUUAACAGUUAACAGUAUUCAUUUGUGCUGUGAACACACCCCGAACACCUCCCUUCAUUUGCCAAGACCCCCUUUUUUAUGUCAAUGGUGCCCUUAUCCAUGUCUGUGUGGAAAUAAUGCUCAAGAGCAAACGUACAUUAUCUAUGAAAUGUGUCAUUCACUAUGUAAAUUCCAUACUAAUGACAAAUACACAAACACAGUAAGUGCAAUGAUAGAAACGCUACAUAGGCUAUAGUAUGAUCUUGUAUAGAUAUUAUGUAAAAGUGUGUGUCUGAUGAGAAGUAUGAGGCCUCUAACACAUCUAUUGAAUGUAUGUAUGGAUAGUUUUUGUUCUUAUUGUUAUUGUAUGACAACAGUUUUCAUCCAGUCACAUUUUGACUGUGGUAUGCAAGUUAUUGCACAAAUACAAGUGAAAGUUUUUUUUGUUUUCUUAUUAUAAACACUAUCUUGCAUAUCUUUUUCCAGAUGUGUCAUUCAAUCGUUGUGUUUAUGAAGUACCAGGUGGUGUAUUUCUCUAUACAUCAUUUAUACAUGAUUGUGUUAAUGUUGAUGUCGAUGAUGAUAUUGUUGGAAGUGAAUUUAAAUGACCAACUUUAAUACGUGACAGUGCUUUAAAAAGACUCUACCUGCCAUACUGUAUGUACAACAAUUGGAUGAAUUUAAGGUACAUACUUUAUAGUAGAGCAUCUAUUGCCAAGAAUGUAUAGCCUUAUCUACAGGUUUCCUUUCUGAAAAUACCUUUUUAACUGUGUCAUAUCUUAACCCAAGUCCUUUUGAUUAGGCCUGUAGUGCCAGAUCUCUCUGCUCAAAGGUACACCUCCUGUAUUGAUAAAGCACUGUGAGGAAAUAUUUACAGCUGCGCUACAAUACCUGCAUUAACAUUGUUUACAGGAAUUCUGACCUUGUUUUCAUGUUUUGUUCUCUUCUGAUACUAAAGCACUGCAACACAAAAUGACAUUUAUCCCUGUAUGAUUGUCUUUCCCUUCAUGCCUUUGGUGACUUUUUGUUAAAUGUUUGUUUCUGAAUGACUAUAUGAGGUGGGGCUAUGGUGAUAUUUUUGUCUACUUCUUUGGAAUAAACAGAAUGGAAAGAUUUUUGAGGAUAUAUGAAGAUAUGCCAUGAUUUGUACCUGUGAAUUAUUAAUGACUUUUUUUAAAUUAUGUCAUUUUAAGGCCAAAUUCAGUGAUUAUGUUUAUCUGCCUUAUUUAUAGAGCAAAAUAAAUCUGUCAAUGAAAGCC